UUAUUCAUCAGAAUUCUCUAUUCUUGUCUCCAAACUCUUUAAUUUUCUGAUCAUUUAGGAGAAUCUGAUUCUUUUAUUUGCUUUCUAGUAGUCCUAUAAUUUGAUUGAACUCCACUAAUUAUGACAACAUUAAAUGAGAAUGGAUGAACAGACAAUAUGAUGUGGAUUACAAAUUUUUAUGUGGUCAAUUUUGGGACCAGCCUAGAAAAUUUUAACAAAACAAGCAGUGAACAAUAAGCAGGGAUCCAAUCUUUUGAUUUUGGAAUAUUACAUGACAAGGACUAUAACAUUACAGAACUUUCAUAUUCUAACCAAUAGGGUUAUAGAUCUCUGUAGGUCACACACCCUUAAUAUAUCAAAUGGAAAGUUGUGUCAAGGGCUGAAUAAAGCCAUCUUUUCAAGCAGUAUAGAGAGCAAACUUCUAUACUGAAACAAAAGUCAAGAACCAUUCGUACAUCUAUGUUGCAGUCGCUUUAUCACAUUUAUUUUUUCUCAAGGGAACAAUAUCCCUUCAAUUGUUACGUCCUUCACUUUCUUCUAAAUAAACCACACCAUUUUGUAAGAUAUCAUCUUUUGAUCUUCUUCAUAUGCACACCUCUCCCUCCACCAAAGAAAAGAAAAAGACUUAUUAAAUUAAUUGAUAAAGUAGAUUUUUCUUUGGUUGCUAUUCCCCCAUUUGUUUCGACACUAUCAACUAAAGAUUGGGUUUUCUUACUGUUAAAUGUGUCUUUGAGUAAAAUUUGUGACCAGUGUUAACUCACCAAAUUUUCAAUUUACAAACAUUUACACUAAUAUCCUUGUGUCCUUAUCUAAUAACUUUAAUGCAGUGGUUUUCCUAGCACAACCAGCCAAGAUGACAGUUUAAAUGUCCCCCAUCUACAUGAUCAAGAAGGGAGUCGCACAUGGUUUUGCCUUUUACCAGCAAUUCAACAUCUAAUUGUAUCAACUUAUUGUCAUUGGUGAGAAGUCUCAAGCAUGAGCUGAUAACAUAACUAAUAGGCCUAAUCAGUUGUCGACCAAAGUGAAGAAAGGAAGAAACUUAUCAUCUUUUAUCCUUUCAAUCUAACUUCAUCCACAAAUUUAAGGCCCCAUAUCAACCUGGCCAAAAGGCAUAAGCACAUGGCUUUGCCUUUUGUUGUUAGUAACAUAACUUCAGCUCCAACUCAAAGCCCGUCUACAACCUCUUGUAUAAAUAAUCCUCCUUUCAUGAGCCUUUUCAUCAUAAAACAAGCAUUAUCAGUUCAUUCAUCAAAGAUCCCUAAGGUUCUAAUUUACUUUCUUGUUUCUAGUUUUCCAGAGCAAUGAAGAUGCUUAGUACUAAGAAACUCAUCAAUAUGGCCAAGAGAUGGCAGAAGUUUGCGGCAAAGCAGAGGAAGAGGAUUUCAUCUCCAAGAAAUGCCCGUGAUACAGACAGUUGUAAUACAUCCUCAUCCUCUGUAGUUGAAAAGGGUCACUUUGUAGUAUAUACGGCUGACCAAGCACGGUUCGUCAUUCCCUUAGCUUACCUUGAAAAUGAGGUCAUUGGGCAACUUUUAAGCAUGUCUGAAGAAGAGUUUGGGCUACCGAGUGGUGGCCCUAUUACAUUACCGUGUGAUUCAGACUUCAUGGACUACAUCAUUUCACUAAUCAAGAAAGGUUUAUCUGCUGGAGAUCUUCACAGAGCAUUGCUCCUCUCAAUUACUUCAUGUUGCUGUUCAACUUCUUAUUUGCACCAAGAAAGUGGAAAUCAACAGAUUCUUGUUUAUUGAGUCAUGACAUCAUGUUUUGUAAAUGAUAGCACAAAAUAGAUUGUAUAGCAGUUGAAAAAAAGACAACAGAAGGCCUGUAUUAUUACAGAUGGAAUAGAGCUUUAUCUUGAAAUUAACAUUCGAUACCAUACUUGUGGCAGGACAAGAUAAAAUGUCAAUACGGUUAUCAAACAAUAAAAUGUCAA